AUGCGGUUUUCAAUCAUACAUGUGGCUUUAUGGCUGGCCAUGGCGGCCGGUUCAUUUACAGCUAACGCUUACGGAGCUGUUCGAUGCGUCAUGUAUCUCACAGGGCAACACGUGGUAGUCCCUUCAGAACCUCAUCUCGUGGAUUCCAUAACCCAUUUGAUACUGGCUUUUAUGCGCUCUGAUGUCUUCAAUGUGGACAAAACGCCUGCUGAAUUCCCGCUCUUCGCAUCAGUUGCUGAGACGCGCGAGAAGUUCAACGCAAAUACCAAGAUCAUGGUCGCAAUCGGCGGUUGGGGAGACGCAGGAUUUGAAGAAGCUGCGCGUGACGAUUCAUCGAGAAAGCGGUGGGCUGGCCACGUCAAGGCCAUGGUUGACCAGACAGGAGCCGAUGGCAUUGACAUUGACUGGGAAUAUCCGGGAGGGAACCGUGACGAUUAUAAACUCAUUCCGAACUCUCAGCGGGAAUGGGAGAUUCAGGCAUUCGUGCUCCUUCUUCAAGAAUUGCGUUCCGCCUUGGGACAAACGAAACUGCUCUCAAUUGCGGUGCCAGCGCUGGAACGAGAUUUGAUGGCCUUCACAAACUCGACUAUUCCGUCCAUUGUGGAUCAAGUUGACUUUAUCAGUGUAAUGACUUACGACAUGAUGAACCGACGCGACAACGUUGUCAAGCACCACAGCGGCGUGGCUGACUCCUGGGAAGCAAUGAAGCGAUAUAUAGAUCGCGGCGUCCCUCCGCACAAGCUGAACUUUGGACUUGGUUACUAUGCCAAAUGGUUCAUGACUGAACAAUGCGAUGUACAGCACCCAUUAGGAUGCCGCACUCAACUGCUAGAAGACCCCGCCAAUGGAGCCGAUCUUGGCAAGACUGCAGCUUUUAGCUGGCACGACGAGGUUCCCGCAGAAAUGGCCAAUUCCUUUGGCAAAGCCCAUGCUCAUGGCCGCUACUAUGAAGAUGGAAGCUACGGCUAUUGGGACGAUGAAGAGAAGAGAUGGUGGUCCUACGACACGCCUCUCACCAUCAAAGCCAAAGUGCCUCGGCUUCUCGGCGAGCUGCAGCUGGGCGGGGUGUUUGCCUGGGGGCUGGGCGAGGACGCUCCGCAGUUUCUGCACCUGAAGGCGACUGUUGACGGCAUUCGGGUUCUGCGCGGAGAUGACGAUGCUGUGAAGGAUGAGCUGUAA